AUGAAAACAAAGGUUGCUACUUUCGCGCAAACUUACAUACAAGCUCAAGGGAAAAAUACAUCUACCCCAAACAGUCAUCCUGCUCAAACUUUGAACAGACGAAAAACUCGUUCAGUUGUAGCGCUUUUUCGGUGCCUAGCUGCCAUGCCAUCCAAAGGAAGCACGAGGGCUGGGAUACUGCCAGGUUGCCCAAGUCUAAACAGGGGAAGUCGAGAGGCAGAGGUCCGCUUUCGAACCACGGACAUUCCGAUCAGUAAAUUCGCGCUAUGGGCACAAUCCAAGUGGGUUCCUCAUAAAUCCAUUGAGCGAUACUCAUCACCCCCUAUAGUGAGCAUCUAUCGUGAACUUGAGAAUGGGUCACUGUUUAGCAGACAAGAAUAUCAUCAUCAUCAUCAACGACAGCAUGACAUCAGUGCUCAACACCAAUGCUUCACUGCCGUACAGCCAUGA